CUGCCAGUAUUGGCAGUGAGUUAUGGAACGUAGCCCUAGUGAACGAUAGUGCAGCCAAGGGAAAAUAUUAUUAGUGUCCAGGCUAUUACAGGGUAUCUCGAUUUGAAGGAAACUGUGUUAAAAAGAGUGAAUAAAGGGGAAUGAUUUAUAAUAGUGAUUUAUAAUAGUAAUUUUUACUUGACAUUUGCCGAUGAACUUAUAAAAUUUCUGUAUACCUUUUCACGAAUGCCUGAGAGAUAUUAUGCAAAGUCAAUCUUAUCUCGUCUUGGGAGGAUGUUUUGUUUAGUUCAAAUGGUCAGAUGUCUUCAAUGUGGCAGAAAUUAUAUAAUGUUCUAACAUUACCAAUGGAGACUAAAGUGACUAGCAAGACCAGCAGUUUGAAAGCUCUUCUGUUACGAGCUUGGCGAGAGCGUUGGACUGAUUUGCAGUGGGGUAUUAAUAUCAAAACAAUUCUGCCAAGGGGGGUAAGUGGCGAUGUGUAUAAUUUAGCAGACUGUAUAUUGCAACAAGCAUUAGUAGGACCUGGGCCUAAUCAAUUAGUACUGUCAUAUCUGAAGCAUUCCUUAAGUUCUCAGUUGGUAUCAUAUGCUGCAGUAUUACAGCGAAUAAGUAAAUAUGAUGCAUUUCACAAGCCUCAUUGCAUUGUGAGUUUGCUGGAGUUUUUGGAGUCUAUUCAAGGUGGUAUUACGUGCCGUGGUAAACCUGAGGAGGAUCUUCUAGCAGCAGCGGUUCUGUCUAUUGUCCAUUGGCUUCUACAAUGUUACCUGCACACGUUAACAAAGAUGCCUCAAAGCAAUCCUCUUAUCCCGCAUCCAAGCGAGCUUAUAGACAAACCUGCCAGUAUUUUGCAACAGAUGCUGAACUCGGAUUUUUUGUGCGCAAUGAUGUAUCUAGCUAAAUAUAAUGACAAAGAUCUGUAUGUAGAGGUUGUGAAAAAAUGUCAGGAGAUCGAGACAUUAUUGAAGACGAGCACUCAGAAGUCUGUAGUGCCGAUAGACGAAUCUUUGAAAAAGUUGUGUAAUCUCGAGAUCGAAAGUCUCUGUCCUGAAAAAACUAAAAUGGAAUCCAUCACCCAUUGUCUACAACCACUUUUCGCUGUUCAAGUAUUAUUAAAUCCUAGUACUGAGACGACUGUAUUUGUCAAUCAGCUAUUAAUGGUACAAAGACUAAAGAGCUAUACAAACGCGCGGCUUUACUGCGAAAUAAUUCGCGCCUGUCUGAUGUGUCUGUACAAUGUAACGGGAACAUUCAAGGAGUCACAGUGGGGUGCCUUCACGUUUCUAAAGGUGCCUCAAAUACUAAAAGAAUUACACGCGGCUAAUCUAAAUGCUGAUGAAAAAUUCGAAUAUUCGCAAGACAUUUUAGAUGCAUUCGAGAUGUUGCUUCAGUUCACACCUCUGCUUGAUAUAAUGGACACUACGUGUUCAUGCAAUUACUUAGAGUCUUUGUUGAAUGAAUUUCAAAAGGUAAAUCUUGUAACAGAGAAGCAAGCAAAGCAAAUAGGAGCUAGGAGGGAGGGAGUGACUACGACGUCAUCAAUUCCGAAGGUCAUCGUACGCGCGGGGCAGACAUUAAAUGGGAUUUUAAGGACGCUGAAUGCCGAUUACGCAAAGAUCCAGGAGGGUUUAUUGAGCGUACUGUAUCAAGUCUUGACAGGAAAAAGCUUCGAACUGAUGUUAGCCGUAGCGACCGUGGAAGGAGAAUUGAAGACCUUCGUCACGAAACUCAUUAAGUUUAACGAAUGUAGUAAACAAAUCAACGAGCCUGUACCCGACAAAACAGCAGCGACGAGAGCAAUGCUAUUCGACGUAUCUUUUCUUAUGUUGUGUUCUAUAGUACAAACAUAUGGCUCUGAUGUUGUCUUGGAAGAAGGUGGGGAUUCGUUUUUCGAACAAUGGGUGCGCGAAUGCCUACCAGAACGGAAUAAGCUAAAGUCACCACAGAGAAUGCUGCAAAGCGUUGAUCCGGCGAGGGUGGAUGCUUUGCUAACGCAGAUCAAUUCGCCGGAUCCUGAUUUCAAGUCGAGCAAUCUAAAAUGGCACGUCGCGUGCCAGUCGGCAAUGGGCGCAGUGAAAGAGCUGCUCUGUGCGUGGGAGAGUGGGGUACUGGGCGCCGGCGAUGUCAAGAGGGCCCUGGAUGGUUUACGUGCGACGGCUUGCUGCCUGCCAGUUUGCGCUGCUGCGUGGCUAUGUGCAUAUAUGAGCAUCACACAUCAAGACGCUCUGCUGAAACCUAUGAAUAUGGUUCAACACUUUCUGACGCCGCUGUCGGGUGACGAAAUGCAGGACAAUCUUAAAGAUAGAUCAAGCUUGAUGUUCCAGAUUAUUCGGAAAAUGCAAUAUGAUGUGCAUCCACCCACACAAUCGAAAACGAAAGUGCUUUCAAUGUCUCACAGUAUUAUAUCGCGGCAGCCGAUACUGGAACAGUUGGAAUCUGUUUGGCAGAACAUAAAUCAACGUGGUUGGAUAAAUAUACAAGCUAUGCAGUCGUUCGAGUCCUUGUUAAACACUGGUGGUUCUUCAUGGUUCGUCACGAAUAUAGUCAAAGAAGUGCUCAAGUAUCGCUAUCAAGAAGAACUGGAUCAAGCUGUAGAUCUAGCCUUUGCGAUUUUCCAUCUCGAUAUAGAGAACUGCACUUUGGAUCUCAUAAAUCAUAUAGUACCACAGUAUUUAUAUAAUUCGUUACAGAGUGAUGAACUCGUGGAACCGCAAUCGUCCAUUCUGGCAAAAUUGUGCGUGUACUGUAUAUUUUCCACUUUGGAAUAUAAUAAUUCGAAUCCGUAUCGUGGGAAUAACCGUAAGCGUGUGCGACGUGAUUUAGACGCGGAUGAUUUGGAUGCACUGGGCGUAUCCAACAAACUCUUGAGACUAAACGAAACGGGUGAGAGUGUUCCUAUGUUUGGUUCACAAAGCCCGCAGGCGCAGGGUACGAGUAAUGGGCAGAAAUCAGUGGUCGUUCUGAGGGAUCCACUUAUGACAGCAUUGAACAAUUUGUUCACUAUAUUCACCUUUCUAGCUGGUAGAGACGGCGAAGUAUCCCAACAAACUCAUUUCAUAUUACAAUUUCUGCGGCUUAUGGUGCAGUGCGGAAAAGACAGGACUCGCAUCGUGUUACAGGGAAUGCCACAAACGUUGGUACCCUGCCUUCUCAAAGCAUUGCCAGAAUUGUUUACGACUGAUAUUUUGCUGAGACUAUAUGACAUACAAACUAUGAUUGGACGCAAGGCCACCGCACGAGAUUUAUGCAUGUUGCGGAAUAUUAAUCUCAAGCCCACAAAAUAAAGGCAUAAUCGUUAUAAAA